UUACUUUGCUAGUUUGGUGUAAUUGUAACCAUACAAUGUACAAGCAAUAAUACUACGUUAUAGUGCGAAAUCUCAACUAUCCACUUCUAAAAGGUCAGCUCAUAGUGUCAUAGCCUCAUACAUAUGUUACCAUCUUCUUCUUCAUAUUAUUUCUCAUGAUUUUCAAACAAAUCCAAAAUCCUCCAACCUUUCUAUUUUCGACAAAAAAAAAAUGACAACAAUAAGCGCCGAUAAAAUAAACCCGACGUUUUACAUAUCUCAUGGACCACCGACGCUUCCUAUUGAGGAUUCACUACCUCUAAAACACCUUUUAAAGAGUUGGAGACAGAAAAUCUUUGAUCAAAAACCCAAAUCUAUCCUUAUCAUUUCUGGUCAUUGGGAAACUAAUGAACCUACUGUUAAUUCUGUUGAUGUUUGUGAUACCAUCUAUGAUUUUGAUGGCUUUCCUGCUCCUCUUGAUCUCUAUAAGCUCAAGUAUCCUACUCCUGGGGCUCCAGAUUUGGCAAGGCGUGUGCAAGAGCUUCUAACAAGCUCUGGAUUCAAUCGCGUGCACAUAGACAAGGAACGAGGGCUUGAUCAUGGUGCAUGGGUGCCUCUGAUGCUCAUGUACCCUGAAGCUAACAUCCCUAUUUCACAGCUCUCUAUUCAAAUGAACAAGGAUGCUACAUACCACUAUAACAUGGGGCGAGCAUUGACUCCUCUUAAGGAGGAAGGUGUUCUCAUCAUUGGUUCCGGAACCACCGUACAUAACUUGAGUGAUCUUAGAUGGGAUGCUAAAGAUCAAGAAGUCAUUCCAUGGGCCGGCGAAUUUGAUAAAUGGCUUGAAGAAGCUUUGCUCAAUGGAAGGCAUGAAGACGUGAAUAACUACUUACAAAAGGCGCCCCAUGCAAGGACGGCACAUCCAACGCCUGAUCAUUUUUACCCACUGCAUGUAGCCAUGGGUGCUGCCGGAGGAAAUACAAAAGCGGAGCUCAUACACCGCACCUGGAGCCUCGGUACCCUAUCGUAUGCCUCCUACAAGUUCACCACCCCCAACUAAGACUAAUUCUUAAUGUGUAGUACGGAAUACUCAAUUUUACAGUCAGUUUUUAUCUAUCUGUUACAAAUUUGACUUAAAAGUGUACAAACAGCACAAUAAUAUGUAAGAGUCUGUUCUCAUCGACUGAACUCAGCUAAACUGUAUUGAAUUGAACUGAAAUGAAUAUUUUAUAAGAGAAGAAAAUUAGAAGCUGAAUAGAACUGAACUGAAAAUAAAUGUAUGAGAACAGGCCCUUAGGUUAGGGGCAUAUUCUAUCAUUGAAGCUUAGUAAACAAAUCAAGCUUAUGUAAGCAACAUGCUGUAAAAUACAAUUUGGGCAACUGUAAAGUGUAUGGAUUAUUGUUGCAAGUAUUAAUAAAUACGUAGUAAUUACUUCA